AUGCCUGCCUUAGCGUGUUGCGUUGAUUCUGCUGUUGUCCCACCUGGCUACGUUUUCGGCGCCGGGGAUGGCUCCAUUCCGUUCGCCGGCGUCCCUCCGGCGAUUAUCACCGCCGACAACGCUCCUCCUGCCUCCAUCACCACCGCCUGGUCGCCCGACCGCUCCGCCUCUCUCUACUGUGUCGACGGCUGGGGCGCUCCUUACUUCGCCGUCAACGACUCCGGCAACAUUUCCGUCCGCCCCCACGGCGGCGACACCCUCCCCCACCAGGAAAUCGACCUGCUGAAGAUUGUGAAGAAGGUUUCGGAUCCGAAAUCCGUCGGUGGGCUCGGGCUGCCGCUUCCGUUAAUCAUCCGCCUCCCAGAUGUGCUGAAGAACCGAUUGGAGUCUCUGCAGUCGGCGUUUGAUUUCGCGAUUCAAUCUCAGGGCUACGACGCCCAUUACCAGGGAGUCUACCCGGUGAAAUGUAACCAGGAGCGCUUCGUCGUGGAAGACAUCGUGAAAUUCGGGUCCCCGUUUCGGUUCGGGUUGGAAGCCGGGUCGAAGCCGGAGCUUCUUCUGGCCAUGAGCUGCCUCUGCAAAGGAAACCCAGAUGCCUUCCUGGUCUGCAAUGGGUUCAAGGAUGCUGAGUACAUCUCCCUCGCGCUCCUCGCGAGGAAGCUCGCUCUCAACACAGUGAUUGUUCUUGAGCAGGAAGAGGAGCUCGAUUUGGUCAUCGCUCUCAGCCAGAAGCUCUCAAUUCGCCCUGUAAUCGGCGUCCGCGCCAAGCUGAGGACCAAGCACUCCGGCCAUUUCGGUUCGACGUCGGGGGAGAAGGGGAAAUUCGGUUUGACGACGACCCAGAUUCUCAGCGUUGUGAAGAAGCUCGAGGAGGUCGGAAUGCUUGAUUGCUUCCAGCUGCUGCAUUUUCACAUCGGAUCUCAGAUCCCAUCCACCGGCUUGCUUGCCGAUGGGGUCGGCGAAGCUGCCCAGAUCUAUUCUGAACUUGUCCGUCUCGGCGCCAACAUGCAAGUCCUCGACAUCGGCGGUGGGCUCGGAAUCGACUACGACGGCUCCAAAUCCGGCGAUUCGGAUCUCUCCGUCGCCUACGGUCUCGGAGAGUACGCUCUCGCCGUCGUCCAGGCCGUGAAAUUCGUCUGCGACAGGAAGAACAUCAAGCACCCUGUUCUCUGCAGCGAGAGCGGCCGGGCAAUCGUCUCCCACCACUCCAUCCUCGUCUUUGAAGCUGUUUCCUCCACCGUGUCGAAAGCCGCCACCAUGACGCCGCUCGCCCUGCAGUACUUCGUCGACGGGCUGACAGACGACGCUCGCGCCGAUUACCGCAACAUGACUUCCGCCGCCAUGAGAGGUGAGUACGAGACCUGCUUGCUCUAUGCUGAUCAGUUGAAACAGAGGUGUGUGGACUUGUUUAGAGAUGGCACCAUAGGAAUGGAACAUUUAGCUGCUGUUGAUGCCUUGUGUGAAUUCGUGGGGAAAGCAAUUGGUGUUGCUGAGCCGGUGAAAACUUAUCAUGUGAAUCUCUCGGUGUUCACUUCGAUCCCUGAUUUCUGGGGGAUCGGCCAGCUUUUCCCGAUCAUCCCGAUACAUAGGCUCGAUGAGAGGCCCGGAGCUAGAGGGAUAUUGUCCGACUUGACCUGUGACAGUGAUGGCAAGAUCAAUAAGUUCAUUGGUGGAGAGGACAGCUUGCCCCUUCACGAGAUUGAAGGAAAUGGUGCUGGGAAUGGUAAUGGCCCAUACUACCUGGGGAUGUUCUUGGGAGGGGCUUACGAGGAGGCGCUCGGUGGAGUGCACAACUUGUUCGGUGGUCCGAGCGUGGUGAGGGUGUCACAGAGCGACGGGCCUCACAGCUUCGCGGUGACAAGAGCCACUCCAGGCCCUUCGUGUAGUGAUGUACUCCGCGUGAUGCAUCACGAGCCGGAGCUUAUGUUCGAGACCCUGAAGCACCGUGCUGAAGAGAUGAUGUAUGAGGAUAGCAGUGACGAUGGGGAUAGCAGCAUGGAUCAUCAUCACCACCACAGGGGCAAUGCAGCUGUUGCCAGCUGCCUUGCAAGGUCGUUCCACAACAUGCCGUACCUGGCUGGUGCCUCGUCCUGCUCGCUGACUGCUGCUAUGAACAACGGUGGUGGUUUGUACUACUGCAGCGGCGAGGAUGGUUAUGAUGCUGCUGGUGAUUCCGCUGUGGCCUCAGCCGAGGAUGAGCAGUGGAGCUAUAUCUGCGCUUGA